AUGGCUCUGUGGAUCGUGCUUCAUCUUGCCUUCCUCGGGGUUGGCACCAUCCAGCCUUUCAUCCAGGAGUCCAGCUUUGGAAAGCCAGCUAUUGCGGAGCCAUCUCUCCUCGACCUCAACUUGCCCCUGGAGGUUCAGGACACCACUCAGAUUCUGAGCACUGGGAGUACGCCCCUGCUUGUGCAAGUAGAGGUGUUUGUGUCCAACGUAUUCAAUGUGGACAUCCUGAGGUACACAUUGUCCUCCAUGCUGGUGCUAAGGCUGUCUUGGGUGGACACUCGCCUGGCCUGGAACACUAGCGCACACCCACGGCAUGCUGUCACGCUGCCCUGGGACUCACUCUGGACGCCCAAACUCACUAUCCAGGAAGCGCUCUGGGUGGACUGGAAGGACCAGAUGCCACAGGUUCGAGUAUUCCACGACGGCCAAGUGGUGCUUACCCUGGCCCUCACCACAGAGACCAACUGCAACUUUGAGCUCCUCCACUUCCCCAGGGACCAGAGCAACUGCAGCCUCAGCUUCUAUGCUUUCAGCAACACUGUGAAGGAGUUGGAGUUCCAGGCCCACAUAAAGAAUGAGAUUGUGAGUGUCAAGAGAGAAUACGUAGUUCAUGAUUUGAAAAUCCAAGUCCCACACCAGCAUCUGGUGCCCUGCUUCCAGGUGAUGAUGAGCCUGAAGAACACAGCACUAGAGUCCAUCAUAUCGCUGCUGGUACCCGGAGAGGCGCUGCUGUUAGCUGAUGUGUGUGGGGGGCUGCUGCCCCUCCGGGCCACUGAGCGCAUCGCCUACAAGGUGACACUGCUGCUGGGCUACCUCGUCUUCCACUCUUCCCUGGUGCAGGCCCUGCCCAGCUCCUCUUCCUGCAACCCACUGCUCAUUUACUACUUCACAAUCCUGCUGCUGCUGCUCUUUCUCAGCACCAUGGAGACUGUGCUGCUGGCUGGGCUGCUGGCCCGGGAUAGCCUUAGGAAUAAAAGCAGCUCCAACCCAGUCCCAAGAGAGGAACAGAGAGACCAGGAGAACCCAGGGCCUAAUUCUGAAGGUGAGCUGGGGUGAAGGGCCCUCUCUGGGGGCUCGAGGAGCUGGGCUGAGGCCGCUGACCACACCUUCUUCCUCAUAUACGUGGCCAGUGUGGUGUGCAGCCAGUUCCUCUUUGUUGGAAUCUGGAUGUGGGCAACAUGCAAGUCUGACCCAGCCCCUGGUGAGGCUGUUUCUCACGGUGGGCAGCCCAGGCUGUGA